AUGACUGCCCGUUUAUCUCUUUAUACUUGCUGGCUUCCACGAACAACUAGUUUGCAACGAAUUUUCAUUCGUUCAUCAUUUUCUGAUGCAUCAGAAACGAAUCCAUCAUCGCAUCGAUCCGCUUCACGGUUUUCCCUGAAAAUCGCACGAUUUGUUUUCAAAAAAGAUCGUUUGGAACAGUCUGCACGUCUAUCAACCCAUGCACAUUACACAAAAUCCGAAACACCCGGAGAUAUUCACGAAUUAGCACGUGAUUUCAUUCUUUCACUUGAACCAGAUCAUCGACGUAUACUUUCGAAUGAAUUAGUCCAAGUAGAAAAAUUAGCAAUCGGAACAACAGCAGCAGUUCCCAUUCUGACUUCUCAAUUAGCCGUCGUUUUCAUUGAAACGGGACUUCCAUAUAUUGGCUUUGGCUUUGUUGACAAUUUCGUGAUGAUUGUAGCUGGUGAAACUAUUGAGACAUUCCUCGGUGCUGCCUUUUGUCUAUCUACGAUGGCAGCUGCUGCUCUGGGAAAUGCUGUUAGCGAUGUUAUGGGAAUCGGUCUAGCAGAUCGUAUUGAACGAACAUGCGGCCGAUUCUUAAGUAUGUUUGGAAUAAAUCCACCAAAGUUAACCACCGUGCAAUGGUCACAACGAUCUGUACAAGUCACGCAACUCAUGUCCAAGAUUAUUUGUAUUUUUGUCGGUUGCAUAUUAGUAUUUACUUUACUUGUAACAAUGAAUUUCUUACGUACAGUUUAUUGUCCGAUUCGUUCGGUGGGACGUACUCUUAUUCGUCAAUCUCAUCUAGAAUCAACCUCUGAACAAUUACCGGUAUGGACUCAACCAAAAAAUGAACCGCUCGAAGUUCAACGCCGCCGUCUUCUCUAUCAAAGUCGAAAACGUGGCAUGCUAGAAAACGAUCUUCUACUAAGCAAUUUCGCGUCGAUACAUUUACCGACAAUGAAUGCCAAAGAUUUGGAUUUAUACGAUAAACUGAUCAAUACACCUUCGAAUGAUUGGGAUCUGUAUUAUAUGGCGAUAGGGAAAAUAGAUACACCCGAAGAAUAUCAACAUCCUGUCAUGGAUCUAUUGAAAGAUUUCGUCAAAAACGAGAACAAACAAAUACGCAUCCGACAACCGGACUUAGUACCCGUUUAA